GACGUGUACGUAGGGGGGCGGCCUUGGGGCGGCUGUCCGGACCUGGGCGGUCAUGUCGGCUGUGACGCGGCUGGCGCCUUUUGUGCGCGGCGGGGGCAGCCUCUUCAGAGUCCUUCGCGCGCGGGCGUCUGGAAACGGAGUCCGUCACGCCGGUGGCGGCGUGCACAUCGAGCCCCAGUACAGACAGUUUCCCCAGCUCACCCGAUCCCAGGUGAUCCAGGCCGAGUUCUUCAGCGGAACCAUGUGGUUCUGGAUCCUCUGGCGCUUCUGGCACGACUCGGACGCUGUGCUGAUGUCACCAGGGCCACUUCCCGUAUCCAGACCCUUCCCAGUGGACGGACGAGGAGCUGGGCAUCCCUCCUGAUGAUGAAGACUGAGGACGGAGGCUCGGCUCUUGGCAAGAGCUAGGUGAGAAGUUCAUGAAGUUACGGACUCCAGUUUACAUUGGAUAUAGAAGUUGUAAAAUAAAGUGUUUUGGUCAAGAAUGGG